CACGGGCCGGCCAGCAAACCCCUGAACCCAUCGAGAUCCGAGUUUGCCCUCAGAUGCACUCCUGACAGACUUACACACUUCAUCUAUUCAUCAUCAUGGCUACCACAACCGGAUUCAUCGGCAACCUGACUCAGGAUCAGGAAGCCAAACUGCGGCAGCUUUGGUCUAUUGUUUUGACCUUGCUAGACGUUAAGUCCCUUCAGAAUGGCGAUGCUCCAGCGCAACUCGAGCGCCAAAGCACGUCGCUCUCCCGUGCCGACACCGUCGUCUCCGCGAAUGGUCAGACGGCCUUUACGGAGGAUUUGUCCCGGGUGCUUCAGAAGAACGGCAUGAGCAGCGCCGACAUCAAGUCUGUUCGAGAGACCUUGAGCAGCAGCUCGACUGACGACCUCCGCUCUGGCCUGCUGUACAUCGCCAAGCAUGACUCCCCUGAUGUCCUCCUCCUUCGCUUCCUACGCGCUCGCAAGUGGGAUGUCGGCAAGGGCUUUGGGAUGAUGUUGAGGGCGAUGGUGUGGCGCAAGAACCAGCAUGUCGACGACAAGGUGAUUGCCAACCCGGAGCUGGACGCAUUGGUCACAUCCCAGAAUACAGUGGAUACUGCUGCAGCCAAAGAGUGCAAGGACUUUCUGGACCAGAUGCGCAUGGGCAAGUGCUACAUGCAUGGGACCGACCGGCACGGCCGGCCUGUCCUGGUGGUGCGAGUAAAGUUCCAUCAGCCCUCGAAGCAGAGCGAGGCGGUGAUCAACCGGUUUAUCCUACAUACGAUUGAGACGGCCCGGUUGUUGCUGGCGCCCCCGACAGAGACAGUGACCAUCAUCUUUGACAUGACGGGCUUUGGCCUUUCCAACAUGGAAUACGCGCCCGUGAAAUUCAUCAUUGAGUGUUUCCAGGAGAACUACCCCGAGUCGCUCGGGAACAUGCUCAUUCACAAUUCACCUUGGGUCUUCUCCGGCAUCUGGAAGAUCAUCAAGGGCUGGAUGGAUCCGGUGAUUGUGUCCAAGGUCAACUUCACCAGCAAGGUGUCGGAUCUGGAAAAGUUCAUCGCACCGGAGCAGAUCCCGAAGGAGCUCAAGGGCAAGGAGGACUGGGCGUAUGAGUACAUAGAGCCGGUGGCGGGCGAGAACGACCUGAUGGCAGACACGGAGACCCGCGAUCGCAUCUUCGCGGAGCGACUGAAGAUUGGCGAGGACCUGCUGCUCCGGACAUCGGAGUGGGUGGCUGCCAGCCAGCAGAACGACGGAGCAGCCGCGGCGACGGCCAAGAGCCAGCGGACGCAGACGAUUGAGACGUUGCGACAGAACUACUGGCAGCUGGAUCCAUAUGUGCGCGGGCGCACGUACCUGGACCGGGUUGGGGUCGUCAAGAAGGGGGGAAAGAUUGACUUUUAUCCCAGCCCGAAGGCACCGGAGAUGGCGAAGAGCUUGGGGGUGGAGCAUUUUGAAGGCGCACAAGUCAAGGUGGUGGACCUGCGAUAGAUGCAUGAUGGCUAAUUAGCAGGAGGUAUUUCAUCAAUUGGCCGGAUGGUGUAGUUGGUUAUCACGUAUCGUUAACACCGAUAAGGUCCUGGGAUCGAGCCCCAGUCUGGUCAUUGUUUUUGUUUUUGUUCAUGUUUGGGUCUGGGUUUGAGUUUGGCGUUGUUUGUUUCUAAGUUUGUACUAAUGCCGAACCAGCUAGUGCCGCGCACUCCUGGAUUCAAUUCCAACGAGUCGCUUCAAUCUAAU